AUGGUCCACUUUACCUCGUUUCUCUUCACGCGAAGUGAACGUAAAAUCCGUUUCUUAUACACGUUGGCCGGAGGCGUUGGAGAACUCUGCUUUGGACGCGACAACAAUGAUAGCGGUACUAUGCUUUCGCACUAUAAGCACGACGUUCUGGCUUUACGAUUAAGAAAUCGAGAGGCGUUUGGACUACCUCAUUUCUCCAUGACUUCGAUUCAGGAAGCGAACAUUCCACCACUGGAUGAGAGUGAGGUAAGGAACUGGGUGCAGUACUGGCGACAGGCGAGGCGAAGCUGUUUGACUAGUGAGAACGUUCCUGUGCUCACCUCUACUGGACGAAUGAGUACGAUUAUAACAAGACCACACUAG